AUGGAUAGACCGCUAGCAGAGAUCUGUCAAUCCAUCCUGAAGAAGAUCUUGCUGACUCUGAAGCCGGACAAAUACAUAUCAGAAGCAAUACUCGAAGGAGAAGCAAUUGCGGUUUCCGCCCUGCGCUCCGUAGACCCUGAUAGUGGGCUUGCCUUUCCCUUGUCACUGAGCAUUGGAAGCGUCAUCGGGGACUACUCGCCGUCAGACACUAUUGUCUCAACGCGCUUGCCCAUGCAUAAGUUGAUUCGGGUUAAGAUAGGGCUCUAUGUGGGCAAGAAUGUUUAUUACAUGGGGACGACUGUUGUGUUGGGAGUGUCCGAAGGCACAGUCCCCACCUUCCCCCAGCUUACUGACAAGUCGGCCACAUGCUUGGCGGCAGCCUACAUUGCAUACCUUCUCAUUACAAAGCAGGUAAAGAGCCAGACCCCCCUCGCUGAGGUCCGCAGCAUCAUCGAAUCGGUCUCGCAACACUUUGGGGUGCAGCUUCUAGAGGGGGUUGCCUCUUAUUGCCUUACAGACAAUGGGGUGGAUCACAAGCUCGAGGUCUUCCAGAAUGCCGCAGACCAACCCUUGGUCACGGGCUUCCUGGCAGACGGAGACAUCUUUGUUCUGGACAUCAUAGUGACAGAUGCAAAAGACACCGUCCCCAAGCCUGUGCAGGAGCAGCCAUAUAUCUACCUACCCCCGGAGCUGUCUGCCGAGGGCAAAAUCUUUACCCUAGGCAAGACGGGGUUGGUUCAGAAGGAGCUGCAAGAAAUGAGAAGAUUCCCCCUUGCUCGGCGUCACAUUUCGCAGGCCAACAGACGACAAUUUGAUCACUAUAAGGACUCCAUGCAACCGUUUGUCUUAACAAAGCUUGCAUCUGGCGCGAACAUAGCUCAAAUACUCUCUACAUUACAAAUUAAUUCAGCAGGUUGUCUAGUCCUUGCAGGUCCUGUUCUUCCUAAUGUUGUUAAGCCCCCUGUUCAGCCAACAGAAGAAAUGCGGAAGUAUUUCUGA